UCGAAGUUACAGAUUAUGUAUUGCUAUGCAGUGAAUGGGAAAUGUGAACUUCCUGCACAUCUCUGGUUGACAGGAUGCAAUGGUGAAAUAGGAAACCAAUUACAAAGGCUUCCUGGAUAUGAUAAGUGGAUUAUUGAAAAGGAGAACAGGUCUUAUAUUGAAGCAUUUCAAGAUCAUAAAGAGAUGCUUGUUUAUUUAACAGCUGAUGCAGAGACCGCCCUUGAGGAGCUUGAUUCAGACAGAAUUUAUAUCAUUGGUGGGCUGGUUGAUCGGAACAGAUGGAAAGGUGUCACGAUGAAGAAAGCGAACGAACAAGGGAUCCAAUCGGCAAGGCUUCCCAUUGGAAAUUACGUGAAGUUAGCAAGUUCACAG